AUGAGACAGUUCGUCAUCAGUGCGAGUGCAGCAUGGCUGCUUGCCUCUACUACGCAGGCACAGCUUUAUCCCAACCAGAGCCCAUUGAACCACACGUGUCAAUUGCAGAAGCCAACCUUGUCUUGCCCAGAGCAAGAUCCCUCUCAAGUUGAUUCUUGCUGUGUGGAAACCUUCGGUGGUUUGCUGCUUUCAACUCAAUUCUGGAAUACUCAAACUGGUCUCGAGUCCAAAGGACAGGUACUCCCAACAGAUACAUGGACACUCCACGGCCUGUGGCCCGACUUCUGCAACGGCUCAUACACCCAAUACUGUGACCUAACGCGGCAAUACGACCCCGUCCCCUCCCCCAACACCACCACCGGUCUGCCCAACGGGACCUUCGUAACCCCCUACACCGGCCCUGACAUUGGCACCUUCCUUGAGCCCUUUGGCCGCUAUGACCUACUCUCGUACAUGAAUACUUACUGGGUUGCCCAAAACCAGCCCAACCCGGACUUUUGGGCCCAUGAAUUUAGCAAACAUGCUACCUGUUUUUCCACCUUCAAUCUGCCUUGUUAUGGACCACUGUAUCGUCAGCACGAGGAGGUUGUGGAUUUCUUUGAGACUACAAUCAAGUACUAUCAACGAUUCCCCACCUUUGAUUGGUUGGCCGCAAAGAAUAUCAAGCCUUCCAACUCUACAACAUACACGUACUCUAGUAUGCGCGAUGUGCUGUUUGAACAACACGGUGGAAUUCCUUUCUUGGGCUGCUCAGGUCCACGCUUCAAUACCACUGCUGCUGGCAGGAACUCCACGGAUAAUGGCUACACUGUAUUAACCGAGGUCUGGUACUACGAACAUGUCUAUGGCCGUCCUCAAGAGGGAAGAACAGUGCCAGUCAACGCAUCGUCGACUUAUCUAACAAACUGUGCGAAGACAGCGGGUGCCAUUCAUUAUUACGAGCGUGCGAACGGAUCCGAGAAGGAUCCUCGUAUGCCAUUCUAG